AUGAAUGACACACUUCAAGCCUUUUUGCAAGAGCAGCGGAAGUUUCACAAGAAACAAAAAACAUAUAUGGCUACAAUUGCCGAAGCUCUUUCCUGUUUGACUCUCUCUCCUCCGACUACACAAAAUGCCCAACAAGCCUCAACUUCUAGUAGUUUGCCAUCUCAACCUCAACCCAAUCCUAAGGGGAGCAUCAAUGCUAUCACCCUUAGGAGUGGCACCAAAUUGGAUGAAAUUGGUGUUGUGCCUACAAAUUUGAGUGAGGAGCCACACAAUGAAGGAAAAGAGGAGGAAGUGGAAGUGACAAGGGAUGAGGAAGGAAGUGUUGCAAAGGAUGAGGAGGAGCCACUCAAGGUCAAGGAGCCAAAACGGAAAAAUCUGCUUGAAGAGCCUAUGCCCAUUCUAUUUCCAACUUUGGCCAAGAAGGCCAAGAAGCAAGAAGAAUUUGACCCAAACAUGGUGGAAAUCUUUGAGAUAGUUGAAGUCACCGUCCCUCUCUUUCAGGCUAUUAGACAAGUGCUCAAAAUAUCCAAGUUCCUCAAAGAUGUUUGUACACAUAAGGACAAGAUUGGCGAGCUCAACAAAAGGCCGGUAGAUGAAUCUAUCUCUUCUUUAAUUUCUGAAAAAUGCAAUGAUCCCGGCCCGUGUUUAGUUACUUGUUUGAUCGGUGGAAUGAAGUUUAUGGACUGUAUGUGCGACUUGGGGGCAUGCGUAAGCAUCAUGCCACUCCCCAUUUAUGAGAGAUUGAACUUGCCACCACUUAAGAGAUCCGAUGCGAGGUUUGUGCUGGCAGAUAAGAGCAUUGUAUCAGUUGUGGGUAUUGCGGAAAAUGUCCUAGUUGACAUCCGAGGAUUACUCUUCCCAGUAGAUUUUCACAUUUUGAAAACCCCUCCUAUUAACUCAGACAAGCCAUCAUCCAUACUCCUUGGGAGGCCAUUUUUGAAGACGGCUCAUUUCAAACUGGAUGCUCAUUCGGGAGUCUAUUCUUUUGAGGCUGAUGGUAAAGUGGUAGAAUUCACUUUGGAGGACUCUAAGAAGCCCGUUCUCGAAGCUUAUUCUAUUUUUGGGUGCGAUAUCAUUGAAGAUCGAGUGAUUGAGGUCGGCAAAGAGCAAGAAGAAGAGGAUGUUGCAAAGGAAUCUAGUUCAAAGGAUCACACUCAAUCAAAGAAUGCCAAGGAGUUAGAGAUUUUCCUCCUUGGAGAAGUUUCAAAGUGA